AUGCCAUCGAACAGUAAGAUCGGCAUUUUCAGAGCCGUGAACUUUCACUUGCGACAUAGCGAGGAAAGGAUGCGCCAGCAGUUCAACAAAGCAGCAGCAUGUAUUAAUGAUCUCUUCAUGACCAUGAGUGACUAUGACGUCAGAUUUCAUUUUGACCCGAUUUCAUUGGACGACUGUCGUUGUGAAGUUAUGUCGAAGAAUGAAGUCAACUUGCUGUGUACUAUGAAAGACUUUCCAAUGCAGAGCUGCAUAUUGCAAGGUGACGUCACCAGUGGUGCUGUCAUGAUUAGAAUUGCUGAUCACUAUACCACAAGGUAAUUAUGAUAAUUCAUUCCAUCAAAAGUUGGGUCAUGUAUUUCCAUACGUUCAAUAAAGGCCCAUUUCCACUCAGGAAAAUUUUCCACAGAAAGAAAAUUUUGUAAAAUUUGAUUGGCCGACACAAAUUUUCCGUCGGAAAAAAAUUUUGAUUGGCCGACACAAAUUUCCGUCGGAAAAUUUUCUGUUCGUGGAAAUUUUUCUUGAGUGGAAAUGGGCCUUAAAAGCAUGACCCAACUUUUGCUGGAAUUAAUUGAGAAUGAUUUCAACUCUAAUCCUAUGGUAAAUCGAGAACAAGAGUUGCAUAUAUGAGAGUUGGCGAGAGUUCACUGGAUACGCGUAGCAAAGUCUCUAUCGUUGAACCUGUUCAAAGUUGAUGAGAGUUGAUGAAAUCAUCUCAUCAUUGAACCUGAGAGUUGAUGAAAUCAUCUCAUCAUUGAACCUGAGAGUUGAUGAAAUCAUCUUAUCAUUGAACCUGAGAGUUGAUGAAAUCAUCUCAUCAUUGAACCUGAGAGUUGAUGAAAUCAUCUCAUCAUUGAACCUGAGAGUUGAUGAAAUCAUCUCAUCAUUGAACCUGAGAGUUGAUGAAAUCAUCUCAUCAUUGAACCUGAGAGUUGAUGAAAUCAUCUCAUCAUUGAACCUGUUCAAAAUUAAUGAGAGUUGAUGAAAGCGCACGAGACUGAGUCGAUGAUAAAAGAAAUGAAAAUGCAAACACAUUCAUAAUUGUUGGAUCAUCAACUUUCAUCAACUCUCACGAACUCCGGCUCAUACUCUACAUAUAGACUCAUUCUCAUCAUAGUCAAUAGAAUAAGAAUGUUAGGAAACUCUUUCAGAUAUACCUCAUUAUCUAUGUUUUGGUUAUACCUCAUUAUCUAUGUUUUGGUUUAUGCAAGAAAUGGUCGGUUCAUCGUCAUGUGUGUAUUGCAAUUUUGCAACUAAUAGCUAUGUUUUUAUUAAACCAUUGUGUAAUAUCACGACCGGGUAAUGAAACCAACACACUGCUAUUGGUUGGUUGGUUGGGGGGGCGGGGGCAAAUACACAUUUUUUUGCUUAAACCAAGACAAAAACAUAGAUAAUUUAUAUAAUAAGACUAUUUCUGCAUCGCAUUUCCUAACCUUCUUAUUCCAUUGGCUAUUUUCUCAUCAAGUCUCGCGCACUGCAUUCGACUCUACUAAACUGUUUCAACUAUCAUCAACUCUCAUCAGUUCUAAUCAACUUUCAUCGAUUUUCAUAGACUAUGAUCAACUCUCAUCAUUCAUUAACUUUCAUCAAUCUUUCAUUCAUCCAUACUCCUUCCAAUUUUUCAGGCCUGAUAUGGCGAGCUGGGAAGAUAUCAUCACCGUAGACCCGACCAUGGGACGUUGUCUUAGCACAACAAAGCUACUUAAUUCCCUGUUCGAUGUUAUCCAACGUUCCAUCCUCGAAAUGUCACAAGAGAACCAACAACGUUCUAUCACAUGUCGCUCUUGGCCAGACCAAAUCAGUCUGUUCGUUCGUCUGGAUCCUUCCACCAGAUUCCGCGUGCAUCUUUUACCGAUGAUACGCAUGCGUCGUUCUAUGGAACCGUUCAGAAAGCUGGACAAAAAAAUCCAGAGUGUUUUUAAGUGUUUUCAUUUGCCUGACGCGAAUGUUGAUACGAUUUCCUUAGUAGCGAAACCAAAUUGUACAGAUCAGCAGCUCCUAUGGCGAAUCACUUUCAACGAUGUAGAAAACAGGAUUUUUAACAAUCCUCAAUUUUUGUGCGCCAAGCAUUGUUUGUACAUCCUAGACAGGUUGUGCGCGCGGGUUUGCCAGUCUUGGGAGACUAGAGGUCGCUUACUACGUUACCAUUUACAAACCAUAUUAUUGGUUGAAUUUAAAACGCGACCACAACCAAAGUACUGGACACCAGAGAAAUUUCGAAGUCGACUUAAAGAUGUUGUGACGUCAUUGUGCGAGAGUUUGCGCGCAAAAAAGUGCCUGAACGUUUUCACUGAUGUUAACGUCUUUUCCCAUUUUGAUACUGACAAUCUGAAACUCUUGGCGGGAAAACUCUCCAAGUUUAAAGCAGAUCAAGCUGUAAUUUCAAGUCUUUUUUAA